AGAUGACCAGGCGGCUUCUCCUCUACUGCCUCUCGAGUCCCUCUUUCCUCACCACCCUCACCACCAUCCUCACAUUCGCUUGUUCAAGGACCCUCUACAAUAACACCAAUAUAAUAAACAACCGCCACCGCAUAAUACUACCUACCUCCUUAAUCCAAACCACCAAGAUGCAGUUCUCCAACAUCCUCUCCAUCUUCGCCCUGACCUCGGCCGCCUCGGCCGUCUCGGUCUCGUACGACACCGGCUUCGACGACGGCAGCCGCUCGCUGACCGCCGUCAGCUGCUCCGACGGCCAGAACGGCCUCAUGACCCGCUACGGCUGGCAGACUCAGGGCCAGAUCCCCCGCUUCCCCUACAUUGGCGGCGCCCCCGCUGUUGGCGGCUGGAACUCUCCGGGCUGCGGCACCUGCUGGAGACUGAGCUGGAACGGACGCUCCAUCAACGUCCUGGCCAUCGACCGCGCCUCGGGCUUCAACAUCGCCCUCGACGCCAUGAACGCCCUGACCAACGGCCAGGCCAUCGGCCUGGGCCGCGUCGAGGCCGACGUCCAGCAGGUCUCUGCCGGCGACUGCGGCCUGUAAGGCGCUCGCUGCCUCGACCGUUGGGGGAGAACCCGGGGGCGGGGUUGGCCAUCAUCGCAUGACUUGCAUGAUGGGCGGCAUAUCGGAGACGCAACUUUAAUAUCUUGUACGGCUUAACUCAUGAACGAUUAAUGAUUAUUUCACGUCGGACUAUUCAUGCACCUCUCGUUGCUCAACUCCUGCCUGU